AUGUCCGAAAAACAAGUGGAUGAGCCUGAAAAGACGAGUGCGACCGACGUCAGGGAUGUCGAGGCACCAACGCUCGCGUCGUCUACUGUUCAAUGGGUCACGUCGCGGAAGGAGCUCUGGUGCUUCUACCUGUAUUAUAUUGGUAAUAAUGGGUUAUCAGGAUUCAACUUCGGUCCCAGUCAGUUCCAAAACCUACUCUACCUCGCUGGCUACGACCCAGCGUUCCCUGCAUUCACUCAGGCAUGCGAAGACGGCGACUGUGUUUUGCCUUAUCUCGGUCGAAUACGCGAUGUCAACUCGAUCGUCCUCGUCACUAAUGGCAUCGCGUUCGCACUUCAAGCGGUCAUUCUCCUGAUCAUCGGUGCCUGGGCUGACUACGGGACUUGGAGGCCCAAUAUCACUAUCUUUUUCACGAUCCUCGCUGUCGCAGUGUCGUUCGCUUGGCUUGGCGUUGAAGAUCCGUCAAAAUGGAAGGCGGGUGUGGCACUAUACAUCCUAGGAUUGAUCGCCUAUCAAUGCUCUUUGACCUUCUGGACAGCCGCUUUCCCCGGCCUUGCGCGCAACGUCCCGGAAGUGAUCGAGUCGGCUCAGGAAGUUGAGUCUGACAUUAAGACGGAGGACGAACAUGCCAAGCUUGAAUCGAUGCAUCGCAACCGCAUCAGCAACAUCUCGUUUGCCGUUUGCUCAGUCGGCGAAAUUGUCAUCUUGGCGAUAAUGGUGGGGAUCCUGAAAGGCCUCAAGAGUGACCAGUCUACGGAAAAUAACACGAAGUCAUUCAGUGUUUUGAUCGCUUUCUCCGGAGGCGUAUGGCUCUUGUGCGCGCUCCCGUGGUUCAUCUUCGAGAAACGCCGUCCAGGACUUGCAUUGCCGCCUGGGACUUCCUUCCUUACCGUCGGCCUCAAGCAGACAUACGUCGCUUUCCGGGAGUGCAUGAGGCUCAAGCAAACAUUCCUGUACCUCAUCUUUUACUUCCUGAUGGGCGAUGUUCUCAACACGACGGUUACGGUCAUCGGGACUCUUCAGAACAGCGUCGUGUCCUAUUCGACUCUGCAACUCACAUAUCUCCUGAUUGUCGGUAUCGCAACGCAGGCAGCAGGGAUAUACAUGUUCUGGUUUGUACAGAAGCGAUACCAAAUAUCGACGAAGAAUAUGCUUCUGUUCGUUGUUUUCUGGAUUCUCGUCCUGACGAUAUGGGGUCUUGCCGGCGUACACACGGAUAAGAUUGGCUUCAAGCAUGUAGGCGAAAUCUGGGCCUAUCAGGCGUUCUAUGGCCUGCUAGUUUGUCCCUGGUAUGCCUACAGCCAGACGAUGAUCGCAGAGGUCUCUCCUCUCCCUCAGAUGUUCCUAUUCUUCGCGCUGUUCUCUGUCAUCGGGAAGACCAGCGCGUUCAUCGGGCCGUUCGUCUCCGAAGCGAUCAUCACCGCCUCUGGGAAUAACAACAACAUGCCCUUCGCAUUCCUAUUCGCCCUCGGGUGUUUCAGCUCCAUCUUCCUUUUCUUUGUCAACAUGGACAAGAGUAGAAAAGAGUGCGAAGCGUUCAUCACCGCUGAGGCCCGUCGCGAUGCCUUUGCCGCAGACUCAGCUCCGGUUACCGCAUUGAAGCAUGCAUGA